AUGUCCAUGCUCGAUGACUUUGUGGAGCAUACCUCGGGGCCCUCCGUCGGCCCCUCUUCGGCCGCAUAUCGCAAUCAGCCAUCGGCUAUCGCCGGCACAGGCAUCGACGCUGUAGGCUAUGAAGGUUUUGAGGAGGACGGAGAUGAUGGAGGAGAGCAGGGUGCUCAUAUGGUUCAAGCUCUCGAGACAGGCUUCAUCCCCUCCGCGCGGUCUCAGUCCCUACCACCCCUUUUCUCCCUUUCCCUCGUCCAAUACUCUCCUCCCUCUUCGAUAUUACACCUUACCUCAGUCAACAACAUACUCUUUCUCGCCUCAGCUCCGUUGUCGGUAAUUAUCAUCGACCUCGAAAAGCCUGACGAACUAGUCACUAUCGACCUGCCCAGAGCUGCGCCAGAAAAGGGAUCUCAGCAGAAAGAGUCUCCAGUCAUCGACAAUCUCUUUGCAGAGCCCACGGCAAGGCACUUGAUAGUGACUACAAACACGGGAGACGCCUUCUACCUUCCAAUAAGCCCGGGCAACGCAGCCGUCCAAUCUAGGCGCCCGAGACCGUUACGCAUACGGCAUACCAUUACCGCUGUCGGGUGGUCACCAAUUCCUGUAUCUUCCCACGAAGGGCAUCCUCAGGCCAAGGGCGAUGCUGUUACUCCACCAGCUACGGAUGUCUUGUUGGGUACUACCACUGGGCAGAUCUUGUCGCUUCCUCUACCGCCGCAGGAUGACAUCUUCAAGAACGUCUCCAUAGGCCGAGGACAGCCCACAGAGAAAGAUUUGCAGACUGUGUAUACGCUGCCAGAUGAGAGAGCUGUGACGGGACUAGGCUUUGGGUUCUGGCCGUCUGGCGCGCAGGCGCAGAAAACGUCUAGAACAGGGGCCAAGCGUGCUUGGGUGGUCAUCACCACCAAAGAACGGCUCUACGAGGUUCAAGGCAACGUCACAACCACCCUCGCUGGCGGCAAAUCAGGCGGCUGGGCAGAGGAGGUAUUCAAACCCAUCCGGGAGACUACCCCGAGGUUCCAAGAACUGCCCGGAGACGUUCCAAAUCCUGUCUUGAGGGCAUACAUUCCAUCUGGGGAGCAACAGUCGGCAAACAACCUUCCCCCAGCAACGGAUGUGGCAUGGCUUACGAGCCCAGGUCUGUAUACUUCGAGCCUGUCGGAGGGACCCGCGAAUGAGAUCUUGAAUAGGCCUUCGUUAUUGCCCUAUCCUGCACCGGAAGAGGAACCAGCGGGAUUCAGCCGUCACAUCACGCCUAGUGCGGCGGUACCGGCUGUGCCUAUAGAUGUCGGCAUCACAAGGUGGCACUGGCUUUUGCUCUACCCGGAUCAGGUGGUCGCUAUAUCGAGGGAGAAUGAGAAAUUGGUUUGGGAGGAGAGACUGCCUCUGUCUGUGGGUGAGAAAGCCAUUGGUCUCUCGGCAGACCCGGUCUCUCAGACAUUCUGGAUCUCCACAAACAAAUCCAUCUUGGAGAUACUGGUCCGGAAUGAAGACAGAGAUGUGUGGCGCGCCAAGUUGGACAAGGGAGAAUUCGACAAGGCCCUCACCUUUGCUCAUACGACUCCUCAAAAAGAUAUCAUCCUUUCCAGACAAGGCGACGCCCUCUUUUCCCAAGAACGAUACAUCCAGUCCGCCCAGUCGUUUGCUGCGAGUAAUAGAAGCUUUGAGUAUGUGGCGCUCAAGUUUAUAGAUGCGGAGGAGCGGGAUGGGUUGAGAGUGUUUUUGUCGGAAAGGUUGGACAGAUUGGACAAGAAGUCACGGACCCAGAGGAUGAUGCUGGCCACUUGGCUGGUAGAAAUCUACUUGGCCAAGUGGAACACACUGGAGGACCGCUUGGCCGCAGAGUCGGCCAGUGAAGAUGUACAGAACCUCAAAGCAGAGAAGAAGAUAAUAGAAGAAGAGUUGAGGCAAUUCGUGACAUCCUAUCAGAAUGAUUUCGAGUCCAAGGUGGUAUACGAGCUGAUCGAGAGUCAUGGAAGGACGGACCUAUAUCUGUUCUACGCGGAUCUUGAGAAGGAUCAUGGGAAGAUUGUAGAAUAUUAUGUGACGGAGGAAAAGUGGUUGAAAGCUAUAGAUGUCCUGAACCGACAAACGUCAAUCGACCUCUAUUACCGUUUCGCCUCCAUCCUCAUGCGACACGCGCCUCGAGAGACGGUAGAUUCAUGGACCCGCCAGCCAAGCCUAUCGCCCCGCCGCCUCAUACCUGCUCUACUGCAGCAGCACCAAAGAUCUGAACCGAUUUCUGCCAACCAUGCUGUGCGAUAUCUGUCACAUGUGAUCCACCAUCAAGGGUGCACAGAUACGACCAUCUAUAAUCUACUUCUUACGCUCUAUGCGUCGGACACUGACGCCGACGACUCCCCUCUUCUCCGAUUCCUGUCUUCGUGCCUAGACGACCCCGAAACAGAAAAGCCUUACUACGACCUCGACUACGCUUUGCGAACUUGUAAACUCCACAAUCGGAUCCACGCCUGCGUCCUCAUCUACUCCAAGCUCGGUCUGUACGAAAGUAGUGUUGAUCUCGCACUGGAGAAGGGUGAUCUGGAGCUGGCAAAAGAGAAUGCGGAUAAGCCGGAGGAGGAUGAGGCGUUGAGGAAGAAGCUGUGGUUGAGGGUUGCGAGGUAUGUCGUGCAGGAGCAGAAGGAUAUCAAGAGUGCCAUGCGCUUCCUCGAGUCUACAGACCUGCUCAAGAUUGAAGACAUCCUUCCCUUCUUCCCCGACUUUGUCGUCAUUGACGAUUUCAAAACCGAAAUCUGCUCGGCCCUCGAAGACUAUUCCGCCCACAUUGAUUCCCUCAAAUCCGAGAUGGACGAUGCCACUGCUUCCUCAGAAUCGAUCAAACGGGAUAUCGAUGCUCUGGCGAAAAGGUUUGUUACAGUGGAACAAGGGGACAAGUGUUGGAAGUGUGGGUUGGAGCUGGUCAGCAGGCAGUUCUAUGUGUUUCCUUGUCAGCAUACUUUCCAUGGCGACUGUCUGAUAUCAAUGGCAAUGGAAAACCUUCCUUCGCCGUCGCUGAGACGUCUUCUGCAUCUUCAAGAUGAGCUGGUAUCGCGCACAGAACCAACGUCUGGUCGACAACUCCUCUCCUCCAACUUUUCCCCCGCCGCUACCGGAGGCGCCAACACCCCUCAGAGAAAAGACUCUGCCGCUGCCAACGUCACUUCAGACUUGCUUGGCUCUACUCUGGCAGGCCGCAACAAGCUCAUGGCAGCGGGCGACAAGUUGCGCGAGCUCAUCAUCCCUGAUGCGCUCGCUUCUGCCGUGUCUGCCGUUGGCGUUGGGGUCGGUGUUGGCGGAGGCGGGGAGAAGGGAGGAGCAGGAAAGAAGGUCAAAAAGAGGGAUACUAUAGAUGAAGCGAGGGUGGAAGAGCUGAGGAAGGAGCUGGAUGACCUUGUGGCGGGAAGCUGCCCGCUUUGUGAAGGAGCAGUGCUGGCUUUGGACAAGCCGUUCAUAUUGGAGGGAGAGGAUACGUCUGACUGGGACCUUUAA